AUGCCGUUGAAACAGCACCACCCACGAAGCGUAGGCCAAGGGUUCCCUCAGCCUUGCGAACUCGCGUUCAUCUCGAAUUACCCGUCCAGCAUCCGUAGACGAGACGACACUGGAGAAGGCAUUCUCAUGCAAGAACUGAAGUUACUGAAUUUUCAAGCCCAUGCACGGAUACAACCCAACACGGCGACACCACCAACUAGGACAGUACUCCCAUCAUAUGCUUCAUCCUCCACCGGCAUCCUGUCCCCAUCUAACUGUGGGACUCCUGUUACAUCCCCGUCAUUUCCAUAUCCAAAGCGCAUUAUCUCCACCUCAACGCUGAUAACCCCGAGGCCAGCUCAGCUAAGCAAUUUCGCCGCAGGCUUGCUGCCACCAUCUUGCUUCGCCUCUGACCAAUGUAAGCUGCUGCAAACUUUCGAGCUUUGCGGAGUGCAGUACAUCUAUUUCUCUAUAUUCGGAUUAUGCACGUCUGACUCCUCGGCAGCAGCUAAGCCGUUUUUCGGACCGGUAUACCAUGGUACUACGUUUCAGAGUGAGACGAUAGAGUUGAGGACUGCGCGCACAAGGCCGAGUUUGUUGGCACGAAUGUUGAGGCUCAGUGGCAUCUGUAAUGGAGAGUUAAACUGUGACCUCGGCGGCUUCCGGCCGGAGAAGUAUUGUAUGCGUUCAAGGAUCUUAAUGCGGCUUGGGGUUAAGAUUGUGGAACUGCGUCGCUGGUUAGCAGUAUGUCUGGGUCUGUUGCUGCGCUUUACCGCGCAUCGGUCGGCAAUAUCAGUUGCCUAG